AUGAUUACCCAAAACCAACGUUAUUAUAGCCAUAUUCUUGCUUUAGUAAUAUUAACACUAAUUAGCAUCACAUUAACUUCAGUUUCAGCUCGUUUAUUUCCUAAUCCAUCUGAAAUUCCUACAUGGAUGUCUAACCACGCGCUACCAGGCGCGUGGGACGGUUACCGAAACUUCACCGGCUGUAGUCCAGGCAAAACAUACGACGGACUCUCUAAACUCAAAAACUACUUUCAACAUUUCGGUUACAUCUCCAACGCGCCACCGUUAAACUUCACCGACGCCUUCGAUGACGCCUUGGAAUCUGCCGUACGCGCUUACCAGAAGAAUUUCAACCUCAAUAUCACCGGCGAACUUGAUAACACAACAAUGAACUACAUCGUCAAGCCACGUUGCGGGGUGGCUGAUAUCAUCAACGGUACAACCUCCAUGAACUCCGGCAAGUUCAAUAUCGCACACUACGCUUACUUCCCCGGCAGGCCACGGUGGCCGGCGGGAACAACAACCCUAACCUACGCAUUCGAUCCAUCCGAGAAUCUCGACGACGCAACGAAACAAGUAUUCGCCAACGCGUUUAACAAAUGGGCUAAGGUAACAACAAUAACCUUCACCGAAACGACGUCGUAUCGAGCAGCGGAUAUAAAAAUAGGAUUCUACAGCGGUGAUCACGGAGACGGAGAACCAUUUGACGGCGUAUUAGGGACGUUAGCACACGCGUUUUCGCCAACUGACGGGAGGUUCCACUUAGAUAAAGCGGAAGACUGGGUGGUUAACGGAGAUGUAACGGAGUCAUCUUUAUCUAACGCUAUUGAUUUAGAAUCCGUUGCGGUUCAUGAAAUAGGACAUGUUUUAGGGUUAGGGCACUCGUCUAUUGAAGAGGCUAUUAUGUAUCCUACGAUAACUUCUAGAACAAGGAAAGUUGAACUUGAGGAGGAUGAUAUUCUUGGGAUUCAGAAUCUUUAUGGUUCUAAUCCGAAUUUUACUGGGACUACUACUGCUACUACUUCGAGGGAUAGAGAUUCUAGUUAUGGUGGUCGAAGACAUGUGGUGUCGUUGUUUUUGUCUUUGGUGUUUGUUGGGUUUGGUUGUUUGAGUUUGUAG